AUGCCAGCUCUACAGAUGGAGACCAAGACCAAGCACAUCCGAGACCCUCACUCAUCCCUUCAAGUUCCUGGAUAUGAAACUGAGAGCAGCCAGGAUAAUGAGAAUGAGAAAAGCGGGGAAGACGAGACCUCCGACAGGGAAGGUUUAGGGGUUGAAAGGAAUGGAGGCGAAACUUUUGGUACCGAACAAGAAGAGGAAAUCCGACAAGGUGCUGGUGAAGUUCUUCCAGAUGUGGGAUUUCUCGGUGGCCGAGCUGGGCCUAGGGCUGAUGAUAAAGAUACCGAAGAAUCUUCCGAACGUGACCUUCCUGGAAGUGAAGACUAUGACAGUGAGUCUUCCGCUACAGAAUCCGACGAGGACGCCCAAAAACAUGCCGAUGAAGCUCUUCCAGAUGUGAGAUUGAUUGGUGGCUCGAACGACGAUAAAGUUGAUGAUGGAGACCCCGAGGAAUCUUGCCAAAGUGACCUUCCUGGAAAACACAGCGAGACCUCCGAUGCGACACACGACUGCCAGGGGAACACAGAGCCUGUGACAGAAGAACGGGGAGAACAAGAGAUGGGGGAUGCGCAGCAAGCGGACGACGACGACGACGGCUCUUCUAUGGACACUGCGUCUGACAUCUCAGAUCGACCACAAGGCAUUAGAUCAUGGAUUCCCAAUCAUGUUGAGGAGGCUCUGUCUGAGGGAACCUCAGCUCAAUCCGUUGAGCCCGUCGAGCACUGGCCUCCUGAUUGA